UACAUUGGACACCCCAACGAUACAUAAACAAUGGCGACCAAUUCUAGGAGAUGAAAUAUCUUUGGUGGAACCUAAUGAUUAUGUUAAGCUCGGUGUUAUCAUUCCUAACCCAAGACUAACAGACAUUGAAAAAAAUGGAAGUAUAGCUGAACUACUUCCAUAUAUUCGCCAGAAAGUUAAAAUGUGGGGAGUUGGUGUUCUUAGAGCCGAAAAUAUUAAGACUUUGAUCGAUAAAGAAGCUUUUAAAGAUAAUAAAGAUGAUUCUGAAAAUGAUAGUGAAGAUGAUUUUGAAGAUGAUUUUGAGAAUCUUAAUUAUGAAGAAACAAUAAAUGAAAAUAAAGAAUUACAAAGAAAAAAUCAAUUGUCAAGAUUUGAUUGCAUUGCUAGCUUGCUUACCUCUGCUGAAUGUACCGUAGUUCAAGAUAUUUUUCAAACUUUAUCUCAAUUUCCAAUCACAUUUCCUUUAAUAACUCCCAAAUUGAAUGAAGAAAAGGAAUUUAAUGUGAUGCUUCCUUUAUAUACUGGACCAGUCAUAAAAUGGGAAUCAAGUCCUGGAACAAUAACUGAAAACCGACUUUUUAGUGAUCCAUUCAAAUUAAUCGUUGCAAUUCGAAUUGGAAAACAUUCCCCAGGAAAAAGUACAAUUCUUAAUCGUUUAAUGGCUUCUGAUUACAUAUUUUCUUCAAAAUGUGAUCCAGGUGCAAAAUUUGGAGUUCCAUAUAUGGUUAGUGGAAGUGUAGAGUUUACUUGGUUGACUCAAGAAACUUGUAAAAUGGACUUAUGGAACGAAGUUUUUAAAGAUUAUUAUCAAAAAGAAGAAAAACAAAAAUCGUAUUACUUGCAAAUUUACACGGUCAUGCCUUAG